AUGCAACCAAGCGAACCGCGGCUACGGCCAUCCCAUCAUGUAUUGCGGUUCUGUUCGUUGGUGCUUCGCCUGGCCAUAGCAGCAGCUUUUGUGCAACCUGGCGCUAGGUCCCAGACGGUUCAGGCGAGCCCAGCAUGCAUCACCCAACCUACGCCCUACAACAGCGUCAUGGACAACUACAGCCGCCGAUGGGGCAUCCUUGUAGACAGCACCUCCGCCAGCGCGCAGAAUACCACGUUCGAGGGCUCUUGCGCUUUCAAGGCAGCCGAUAGCGACCGGCCGCUCUACGAUUUCCUCACCGCACCUGCCUGCUCUGCCAAGCCCGAGUCAAUUACUUCGGAAAGCGACGCCCUUGGCCGGCUCUGGGGAUGGCAACUUGGGCGCGAAUGCGCAUACAAGGCCGCCGACAAUACACCUCUGAAGUUCCCGGCGGGCUCUGCCAACCUUACUGACGUGCAGCCUGUGACCGUCGACGAGAUGAUUACACGGGGUGCCGUGCUCACAGCACCGUCCAUAACGUGGCGUGCCUGGCCCGCCUGCGCCACGGCACCCACCAAGUAUGACAGCGUCAUGGACAGUCGCGGUCGGCUGUGGGGCUGGCAGAACAACGCGUCGUGCUGCUACAAGGACGCAGCCGGUGCACCCGUGUACGACUGGGUGACGGCGCCACGUUGCCUGGGUGACGUGGCGGAGGGCAGUCGCGUCGAUGCGGCCGGCCGGCUUUGGGGAUUCGAAGUGGGUUCUAGCUGUGCAUUCAAGGACCUGCAGCAACUGCCUCUGCGCAUUUGGGUCACGGCCGCCAGGUGCCCCACUUCACCCUCCCUGGACACAGCCGUCCCCGACGCUCAAGGCCGCCUGUGGGGCUGGCUGCACGAUUCGAACACCAGCUGCGCAUACCGCGAUGAUCAGGGCAAUGCACUCACCAUCGCUGCUACGUAUUCAGCAACCGUGCCAGCCUCCCAGCCUCCUCCGACUGCGCCCAGCCCCAACGCCACACCAGCACAGCAAGCUGCACCGGCAAAGGCCAUGACAUCGCCGCUUCUCCGAGGUUCCAGCGCCGGUGGCGCAAACGCUGCCGUUAACCCGGGCUCGGCCACCCAUCGACGGAUGGUGCGAAGCGUCAACGUGCGCCAGUCGCGCAGGUUAUCCGCCGCUUCGGGAGGUCAGCAUCUGAGGUCGCGUAUGGCUAUCGCCGCUGCCGCCGCAGACGCAGCUGCCAUAGGCCCCGCCAACGCUGCUAUUGCCGCCGCGGGCACUUUUCAUCGGAAACAAGACCGCAGCGCUGGGGCCCGCCGCCAAGCCCGUCAUGCCCAUCGCCACCUGUUAGGCUCCUGGGUUCCUAGCUGCACAACCUGGCCUGCUACCGCCAAUGUUGUAUCCGAUAACAAUGGAAGGUACUGGAGCACCAAUGAGGACGGGUCGAGCUGCAUGUAUCGUGACAGCGCCGGCAAUCCCGCGAGUCUGUGGGACAUCGUGCAAGCUUGCUCUGGCACCAGUCCGCGACCAUCUGACGGACAGGCCAGGUCGUGGGGAUGGGAGAACGGCCGAAGCUGUGCGUUCCGGAGCGGCUCUAGCAGCACCACGGCUUUCGCAGACCUCAACGACGGGUGGACCACUGCUCCGGCCUGCUCCGCUGACCCGACCACCAGCAAUUCAAAGGCCGAUAGCAAGGGCCGCAGCACCACCAUGAAGCCCAUGGACUACGCCACAGGCGACGUUCGCACGGCGCCCACCUGCUCUGGCGGCCCCAUGAUGGAGACCUCACAGCCCGACGACGUGGGCUACCUUUGGGGCUGGCAGGAUGGCAGGGCAUGCGUCUUUAAGGGCUCGGACGGAAAGGUGCUCUACUAUGCGGCGCUGAUUACGGGAGACUGGUCCGCUCAACCCGGAUACGUGCCUAAAGGCACUAGCAAGUCCGGCUGGUUCGAUGCACCCCGCUGCAGUCAGCCGCCUACGUGGGGUGCCAAGCCCGACAGCGAGGGGCGAUUGUGGGGCUACGAGAAUGGUCAGGGCUGUGUCUUCCGCGAUGCCCGUGGCUAUCCCCUGUUCUACUCGGAUCUGCAGAGCGGCAAUGUGGCCGAGUAUUAUAAUAAGGGUAGCGUGUGGGACAACUCCCCCUCAUGCCCGGACUCGCCCUCCUGGAGUACUGCACGUGCGGAUAAUUACGGCCGGCUCUGGGGCUGGGACAGCUCCCGCGGCACGAGCUGCGCCUACAAGAACGGAUCAGGGCAACCCGCAUACCCGCGGUAGUGAAGCUAAGCUGUUGGUAGGCUGCGAAGAUGGGGGUGCAUCAAACGCAGCGUGGGUCUAAUUCUAGAUGAUUUUCAGGCAUUUUGCAGGGAACUCGAAUGGUCGUGUGCUUGCGCAGGUGGUAGUUGGGCAGAGCCGAACGUCCAUGGACGGGAAGUUGUGGCUGGCAUUAAUGGGGGGUGGAAGACUUACUAGCCGCUAGGGUCGCGCUGCAGCGACCGCCCUUCAGCAGGACCUGGGCCUGGGGGUGGAGAUUGCCAUGGGGAGCACAUGAAUAAGUUGGUGUGCUAACACGCUUUUGAGAUGAAGGCUUCCGUGCAGCGGCUUUUGCACCUGCAGGGCAAUGUCGUGAAGCUAUACCCGGUUACCGGCAUACCAGUAAUUUGGCUUUAGUUGUGGUGGCUUAUGCAAGGAGGGAGUGGGGGGAAAGUGGAAACACAGGCGUGAAGAAAUGCCCCCGCGCGUGCCAAUGCGCGUCGGCGGCGCGAGGCGUGUACACACAUGCCGCGAACUUCUGCCAUCCGAGACUUUUUACUACUUACAUCGCAGACAAUUAUGCGUACUUAUGACUCGGGCAAAGGCCUGGGAAUUCGGGAAAGAGGAGACGCUACUCUGGAGAUUUAGCAUUCAUGUGUGGUGUGGGUAGAUUGUCGUAUGUGUGUGUAUGUGAUGCAUAAAAAAGAACGGGGGGGCUUUUCAUGGCGCUUCGGCGCAAUGGUGUCUCACAUCAUUAUAUUCGUUGCUGCGGAAAAGGGACGUCGUUGCUGCGAUGCGAUUCAAAAAGACUUUUAACAUAGCAAUUGUUGAAAGGCGGGUAAUAAACGAUUGUAGUGCGGCGUAUGGCACGUAUGAGGAGCAGGUAGCUUGUGUAAAGACGAUGACCU